CUGCGCAUCGCGCUACGCGGCAGAGCGGCAGCUGAGCGUCGUGGAGUCGCGCCCUCGGCGGGCUGUGAGAAAUGACGUGAACGGGUGAUUUACCGUUUUGGACCUCGUUUUAAUGGAAAGGCGUGAAGUUAAAAACACAAUAAUGCGUCCACAUGGAUAGUUUCCAGAGCCGGGAUCAUCACACGCCCUGGUCGGAGGACGCCAUGGCCAACGUGAAGGUGGCCGUCCGGGUCCGACCGCUCACUGCAAAAGAGACUCUGGACGGAGCCCGGCUGGCUGUGCAAGUGGAAGAUAAACACAUCAGGGUUCGGAAUGGGAAGCUGGACAGCCGGUCCGAGGGCGCGGUCGACUCCCGGGAGAAGCUGCUGGAGUUCGGCUUCGACUACUGCUACUGGUCGGUGGACGCAGAGGACCCCCAGUACGCAUCGCAGGAGGAGGUGUUCCAGGACCUGGGUGUGUCUGUGUUGGCGGGGGCCUCGGAGGGCUACAACGUGUGUCUGUUUGCUUACGGUCAGACGGGCUCCGGGAAGACCUACACCAUGAUGGGCUCCCAGGAUUCGAUUGGCUUGACCCCCCGGAUCUGUGAGGGCCUCUUCAGGUCGGUGGACGGCUGCCCGGACGGACAGGCCUCCAGCAGGGUGGAGAUCAGCUUCCUGGAGAUCUACAACGAGCGCGUGCGGGACCUGCUGAAGCUGGGAGGGCAGAAGAAGAGGGAGACGCUGAGGGUCCGAGAGCACCCAGAGAAGGGCCCCUACGUCCAGGACCUCUCUCAACACGUGGUCACUGACUACAAGCAAGCGUUGGACCUGCUGGAGGAGGGCGUGACCAACCGCAUCACCGCAGCAACGCACAACCACGAGGCCAGCAGCAGAUCGCACGCCAUCUUCACCAUCCAGUACACCCAGGCUAUUCUGGAGAACAAUCUUCCCUCGGAGAUCGUCAGCAAGAUUAAUCUGGUGGACCUGGCUGGGAGUGAACGGGCCGACCCACACUACUGCAGGGACAGACUGACGGAGGGCUCCAGCAUCAACAAGUCUCUGGUCACCCUGGGCAUCGUCAUCUCGGCUCUCGCCCAGAACUCCCAGAUGUCCAACAGCUGCCAGAGUAUCAACAGCAUGGCCAGCGAGGGGGAGGGCAGCCUGGGGGGAAGCCUCAACCUCUCCAACUCUGGGAGGGGGGGAGGAGGAGGACGAAGACACUGCUUCAUCCCCUACCGAGACUCGGUCCUCACUUGGCUUCUGAAAGACAGUCUGGGAGGGAACUCCAAGACCAUCAUGAUCGCCACCGUAUCGCCGUCGGGAAGCAGCUACAACGAGACGCUUAGCACGCUACGCUACGCAGCGCACGCCAAGAACAUCGUCAACAAACCGCGAGUUAACGAGGACGCCAGUGUCAGGCUGAUCAGAGAGCUGCGGCAGGAGGUGGACCGUCUGAAGAGCAUGCUGCUCAGCUUCCAGAUGCAGCGUAACCUCAGCCCCUCUCUGAGCGAGGAGCGGGACGGGAACCUAUCGGACAUGUUGCUCCAGAACGAGCUCAAGGUGGAGCAGCUGACGAAGGACUGGUCCGAGGGGUGGAGGGAGAAGCAGGUGCUGCUGGAGCAGUACGGGCUGGACGUCAACCGCCACCAGGCCGGCCUGCUGGUCCACGCCCUGCAGCCGCACCUCGUCAGCCUGGACCGGGACGUCCUGAGCCCCGGGGUGCUGUUCCACCACCUCAGGGAAGGAGUGACGCGCAUCGGACCCCCCAACCGACCGGAAGACGCCCAGAUAGUGCUGCAGGGCGAUGGCAGCUGUGAGAUCGUGAACGAAGGGGGUGUGGUGACGCUCCAACCAAUGGCGUGCUCCGCCUGCCUCGUCGACGACAGGGAGGUCAGCGACCCCUGCCGGUUGGCCCAGGGCGCUGUGAUCACUCUGGGCACCCACAGGUUCCGCUUCAACCACCCCGCCGAGGCAGCGGUCCUCAGGGAGAGGAGAAGGGCCAUCGGGGAUGGCGGCUACAGGGAACUCUGUCCCUUCACAUCGUGUUCAAGCACGGGAGGAGCGGACCCUCCGGGCGGGCCGGUCACCGCCCUCUCCCCCAGCGGGGGGUCCUCCGCCAGGCAGCGGGUGGAGGAGCAGCAGGGGUACGUGGAGGCCCUGAGGAAGGAGAUCCAGGAGGAGCAGAGGAGGGCGGAGGGGGAGCUGGAGACGGAGCAGGCCCAGCUGACGCAGCAGCACGCCGAAGUCCAGCGAUGGAUCCUCCAGGAGAAGCAGCGCCUGCAGUCCGCCGCCCCCUCCCCUAGGGUGACCCAGGAGUCCGGGGUGCAGGCGGACCUCCUGCCAGCCCCCCUCCUGGAGCGACUCUCCAGCGCCCCCCGGGGGUCCGACGACGACGGCGUCCCGGACCACCCCCCCCCGCUCCGGCUGCUCCGGGCGAUCAAGAAGGUGGUGCAGGAGGAGCUGCUGAGGAACCACGCCCUGCGCCGCGCCGAAGGCCGCGUCCGCCGCAAGAGGCUGCACCUCCAGCUGGAGCGGAUCGCCCGCAAGCGCCACCUGCUGGAGGCCAAGCGGGAGCUGCAGAGGCUGGAGCAGGCCCUGCCGCACGGCCCGGGGAGCCCCGGAGACUCCCCGGAGCCGGGCUCCCCCCGGGGGUCUGGGGGACCGCCGUCUCGCAACCCUCGCCGCCACUCCUUCUCCGGGGACAUCCUGUCGCGGCUCUACCCCCAGCAACCCCCCGUUUUCAGCUGCUACCUUAAGAGGAACAGAUCCACAGAGCUGACGGUGGAUCCCUCCAGGAGCGGGGAUUGCUUUGGCAGGGAGUGGCUUUCGGACGAGUGUCUGCCUCGAGAGAGGACCAGGAGCUGUUCCGCCGGGGCGUCAUCGGGACAGAGUCGGGCAGCGAGGAGCAGAGACGGUUCCUCUGAAAACCUCAAACAAAGUGUCAGGGAGUCCCCCCCGGCCCGCAGCUACCAGGAACGCCCAGAGAGGAAACCGCUCCUCACAAACCGGAGCCUGACCUUCAAGACCAAUCAGAACCCCCGAGGGAGUCUGAAGUCACCUCAAAGGACUGCCGUACAGCCUAUAAGCAAUGAGAAGGAAAAGGAUCCAUCUGUCGAAAACCCAAAAGUCCAGAAGAUUGCGUGUGCGGACGUCAGGACUCAAGGAGGCAAUAAAGGGCUCGGAACAAUCCGGAAGGUUUUCUCUCGAUCUGUAGGACCGGGUUUGAAGACAGCACUGUCCAAAGUGUUCAGAAAGCCGCCGCCAGUGGGGAAUGGACGAAGGAACCCCAAACCGGUCGGCAGAACGAACAGAAUUCACCAGAGGAAGGUCAGCAGAGUGUGGAGCCUGACAGACGCCGGCAUGACGAACAGAAACCAGCACGCUCUUAAAACCGUCUCCUGCGAGGAGCUUGACCGAAAGACGUUCCCCGAGGAUGUGACACACCGCCGCUGGCGCAGCAUGGAGGCCCUGAUGAACAAGACCAGCUCCUGGGUGGAGAGGCUGGGCCUGGCCGGAUGGGCGGAGGACAUAGGGGGGGAACGUGACGGAGGGUCGUCGGACUGCGACAGCUUCCUCUCCAUGGACUCCUUGUCCUCAGCGUACGCCACCGCGCUGGUGGAACAACUGAGAUACGAGGAGGCUCUGGGGAGCGAGAGCGACAGCGUGGACAGCCAGAUGUCCAGAGACUCUUUGGCACCAGAGGGCGGCACCCUGCGCUCUAGGGUGACCAGGACAGGGGUGCCCAUGCACACACGGCUGACAGACUCCUCCCGUCAUCUCCUUAGGCACAUCAAGAUAUCUAACAUCGGCACUGUUCCGGGACAUGCCUACGGUGAAAGUACUCAGGGAAGAGCAGCAGAGGCCUGUUGGAGACGAAAUGGCUGCCUUGACCCGAAAGCGAGAGUGGAAACCGGAUCCGCGAUGGAGGCCGCUGUUCAAAAGCCAAAGGAAGAGUCGGUUGACAGGCGGACCGCCCUCACUGGCAGCCCUCGCUCUCUGAGCAGCUGCAGCCUGAGGGAACCGGAUCUCCAGCUGGUCCUGACCGACGGCUGGUCUUCCACCGAGGCGGCCGACAGUCCAGGGGUCUCCGGGGAAUGUCCUGCAGCCUGCCGGAAGAAUGCCCUGUACCGAGCAGGGGACGUCAACAGCAACGGUAGCAGCAGCCCAAGACUGAUCAGCCUCGAACUUUCAGACGCUCAGAGCAAGUUUAGGAGCUGUACCUCCACAGAGUCCUGCAGCUCUGAAGGAGUCCAUGUCACCGUGGAGGAUCAGAACCUCAAGGCUCCUGCCCAAUUGUCAGGCAUAUAUUUUCCAGACACUGAAACAACUCCAGAACCAGGGAAUGUUUUAAGGUUAAUAGGGGAUACUGGGCUUGAUGAUGAUGGCAGAAGACUCACACAACACAAUAAGCUAUUCGAAAGUGUGCAGAAGAUAACAGUAGAUGUUCAAACCUAUGCAUGCCAAGAUGGAUUACCCACUGCAGAGAGAAGUGAAUGUCUUUCACUUGCUAGUAAUGAGAUUUGCCAUAUUAACCUGACAAGCCAGCAGCCAAUCAAAUUAGAUCAUGCUUUAAAGGGCGUGACCCGGAUGGAGACUACCGGUGCGACCAACUCCUCUGAGACGGUUGUCUGCCCCUUCGUUCAUCCAUCAGAGUCCUAUGAACAAACACACCAUGUAGUCCAUGACCUCUCCAAGAACGGUCAUGUACCGGUCAAUCCCCACGAAACUGAGAUGUCAAACAAGGUGAAGCCAUACGAGAACCCCGAUACCAAAGAGGUCUCCAUCCCAGCGGACCAAUCACAGCUCGCGUCCGAACCCCCCCGCUCUGAACUUGAGCCUGUUAGAUCUCUUAGUAAAAGCUCCAGAAAGAGGAACAAGGAGCUCAAAGGGACGGUGGCCGGGGGCUUGAAGAUCCCGAAGAGGAGCGACGAAGGGUCCCCAGAAUCGUUCUGUCACGCGCAAAUCGGCAGGCGGGAAGUCGGUCGGUCCGAUGGCUUCAGCGAGAACAGUGACACAGAAGAGAAAGCCCCCGACGGGGAUGAGGACAUUCCCAGCCGCGAUUCGGACCGUGCUAACGUGAAGGCCCGGAUAGAGUCCCAGCCAACAAGCAGGCAGACACGGAGCAAGGCUGACUGGAACCAGACUGACCGGAAAAAGGCGUUGCCGGAUCAAGGUCCUAAAAGCAACGAUACCCGCUCCUUAUGGAGUAUCUCUGUCGGAGAUUCUGAAAGAAUUAAAGCAGACAGAAAGAAAGAUAAGACGACCGGUUUGGAAAAGCGAUUCGGAACGUCGGUCGGUAUCGUCGACCGGAAAGGUAAACCGGAUGGGAGGAAGCCGAUGCGUCACUGGGACGCCAUCUGCAGCGCCAUCGAUCUCCGCAUCGCCGAGGUGGUGAGAGGACACCUCACAUCGGCUUCUCUGACGGGCCGGGAUAACGCCGGGCAGAGCAGAAGGCACAGCCUGACCGCCCUGCCGCCGCACGGCUCGGCGGAGACCCCCCACUCAGAGGAGACCCCCUUCGCCCUGCCGCCGCAAGGCUCAGUGGAGACCCCGGUCUCAGAGUGGACCCGGGCCACGGCUCAGCCCCCCCGCGGCGCUGCUGAGUCGACGGGAGGGAGAGGAACGCCGUCGAAAGAUGAAGGAAGGGAUCGGAUGAAAGCGGUGGUCGCCUCUACCGAACGCCGCUCCGUACCACAGGGUGGGGUUCAGCGGGACACGAGGUCGGACACGCAGAACGGAGAACAGGCUUCGGGGAGCGACGACCAGAUACAUCCGCCUGCCGAAGAAACGGCAGCGACGGAGCGUGCUCCAAACGUCACAGAGACAACGUCAGACAUCCCACUGAAUGGUGAUGGUUCUCUCUCCGAUAAGGCAGAGACAGAUCCUUCCAGCUGCGUGCUCCCGGUCCUCCUCCCGUUCCAGGAUAGGAUUCCCACCCGACGUGGGCCCAGAGCGUCUCUGGAGACGUAUCCGCCGUUCGCUCUGAGUGACGGAGACAGGGUAACACGGGCAGAAACAUGUCAUCCUACUCCUGCCCGUCUCAAUAUUGGCCCCAAACAAUCCGUCAGACGACAGGCGUGUCCGGCUACCCCGGUCUUGAAACCCGACACCCCACCACCUCAGUACGUCUUCCCUGACAUGCUGUGUCUCGGUGAACAUUCAGCCUCAGCUCUUACGGAUGAAGAUGUUGAUUCAUGCAAACCCAAACCUAAUGCAAACCAAACCUCAGAGUUAGAGACAGGUCAUCCUUCCAAAGAUGGCCGCCAUGUUUCUGUUGCCAUGACGUCGCUCUAUGAUGGAGGAGUGCACCUGUCUGGGCCACACAGUGAAAGCAGCAGUGGCUCAGUAGACAAACCUGUCUCAGUGAAGUCACCUGGAGACAUCCCUGGAUAUUUGGCUAAUGAGAGCAGGGAACUGAAAACGCAGAGAAUGCCUGGAAACUGGCACAUUACCAAAAGUGAUAAGAGCCUUUCAAACAGCUCUGCUCAGACGAGCGUGGUGAAUAUGAAUUAUCACAACAACAAUCAUGAAAUUGCAAAGUGGUUGAACGAGCGCUCCAUAAUUGACAACUGUCUGCAAAACAACACGACAGACAUAAUGGGGAGAAAUACAAAUAUUACAGAAUCCCAGGUUCCAUCGACUAUCAGCAACAACGAUAGUCACGCCAUCGCUUCUCUGCCACGGAAUCCGGCGGGGAACGCGUAUGCUGUUGGAGGAGAUGUUUCAAAGAGCAACGUGUCCAUACAGGGUCCCACCAAGCAGAGGAACCACGCCACCCAGCACAAGAAGGGGAGGCCUAAGAGAUUCAGAAGGUCCAAUGCCCUGGUUCACCCAGACUCCUCUUCCUCUUCGGAUUCCGCAGUCCGAUCCUCGUCAGACGAGAAAGAUGAGUCCCUCCCCAGGGUGCAUCGCAGUCGGCCCGAAUCCACGCAGUUAAAGUCUAGUCAGUCAAGGGUCGCUCAAACAGGAGGCGACCAGAGAGCUACUUCUAGAAUAAGGUCAGACGGUAUUUCCCUAGUGGAGACCCUUUCUACUCAGGAUCCAGGUAUAUACCCGGGACCAGCCAGGGAGCGUUGCCCCAAGGGCCAUCUUUCAACACCUCAACCAAUGAGAACCCCAAAUAAGGAGAGAACCACGCCCCAUCUCAAAGUGAGCCGAUCCCAUCGCCCUGGAGCACCGCAGGAGUCUCAGAUGCAUUUUGCCUCCAGUGACAUCAACCCCUUCGCUCGCCAGUGCCAGGAGGACCGCUCGCCCCAUCAGUGUUACAAGACCCCGGUAUUUGGCAGCGCAGUCGACCUGUCCUCCAAAUCUCCACUGUUGAACAGCGCUGAGAAGCGCAUGACGAGAUGUUGUAGCGUCGACAACGGCUUAAACAGGCAGAACUCUCCCUUCGACUCCCACCUGAGCACCUUCGCCAACCACAAGGGUCUCUCCAGCACGCUCAGCAGCGGCGAGGACUGGCGCGGGCGAGGAAGGACCGCACCUCACCGUGUCUCAGACGCGUCGCGUCAGCAGUCGUCUGGUCUCGACCACGGCCUCGCCAGCCUCUCGAUGAACAGCGGCUCUUCCUGUCCGAGCGCCAACAGCUCCGGACGCGUGGACGACAUCAUGCUGUUCUACUCUUCGGAGCGCGAGUCUGGUGUUGACGUGAGCCCAGCUCAAAGACCCAGGAGGUUUGAGGACCACGGCACCCAGACCGAGGGUGGUGUGACCCAGGCCCUCGGGGGCUCUCGAGGGUCCCGGACUACGACCGCCCCGGCUCCCGACCUCGGCAGGAACCAGCGGCACCAGAGGAGUAGAACCCACGUACCGACCACUAGAACCAAAGAGGACAUUAGAGACACUCCCACCUGGGCCAGCAUGGAGAACAUGUCCGCCCAUCUCUCCCAGCUGAUCCACAGCACCUCGGACCUGCUGGGAGAUGUCCAGGGAAUGAGGACAGGGGAACCCAGCCCAAGGAGAAAGGUCAACGUUUCGGAUUUCACCGGGCCACGGCGUCAGCUUAAAGACCCCACCCGGACCAAUACGUCCUUUGAUAUCGGGAUCCAGACUGAAGCAACCUUCACGUCUUUUGUUAAAGACAUCCCCCAGCGAUGGUCUUCACCUCCAGAGAGGGCCAGACCCCAUGAGGUCAACGUGAUAGUCACAGUGAUCGGUUCUGAUGUACUUAGUGUUUCCCAUGGGGAGAGAUGUCCCGGUGUGGUCAUGGAAAAAGCCAGAUCGGAGGACAGGAAAUGGAGUGGGACUGACCUGAAGAUAAACACGUUGGCUGCAAAAGAAAGCGUGGAGAAUCAUCUUCUGAAUCACGCCUCACACAGCUUGACCGCUGCGGAGAAACCGACCAAAACCAAAAGUUGUCACACAGCGUCCGCUCGGUCAAGCAACUCGAAGCAAAGCACGGCAGUUACCAAAAGUCGAGGAUUCUUUCAAACCGGCCACAGGUUAUCAAACCCCACUCCGUCUUUGAAUUCCGGGCGGUCUUCGUGUUGCGUGGAACAGAGAAGGUACACGGACAGGGCCUCGUCGCCCAUUGUCACCCUGGGCUCCAGCAAGAGCACCGAGUCAAACGGGAAGCACUCUACACCCUCCCCCGGAAAACACAAUGGAAGCAUGUUCGUUAGGGACCGAGAUGCAAUGGACCGAUUAUUCGGCGAUGUUUCCUCAAAUAAAUCAGUUGAAUCAACAUCAGUGGAAAGCGUGAGUGGAACGAACUCGAAGGGAGCGGGGAUCACUUCAACAGGCCUUCAGUCCCACGUUGAUAGAAACGUUAAAAGGAAAAUCAUCCCAGAGGAAGAGAACAACAAUGACCCCAUCAGCUCCAACGGCGGCUCUGCGAAAAGCCCCCCCCCGUAUCGAACUUCUACUUCCUGUGGCGGCAUCACAAGACGGAGCUAUCCCUUUCCUGGAGGUCGUCUCAGCGACGCAUGCGGUCAGGAGGACACGGAUCUCCGUGACGACAGGAGUACCCGGGACGACUCUGUCGGCCGCGGUCGCCACGGGAACGCCGCCUCCUCCUCGUCCAGCGAGGCCCCGACCCCGGAGGAUGACGCCGUUUCCACGGCGCCCAGCGAGUCCAACACCGACAUCCUCCUCAAUGCGAGACCCGUCGCCAGCGUGUCCCCGCCUCCUCCUCCCGCAGCCCCCCCCGGCCCCCCCCACCUUGGGGGUCGGCUCCCAGAGGACCUGCCCAUGCACAACAAGUUCAGCCACUGGUCGGGCGUCGGCGUCGGCCCCACGUCCGCCUGUCACCCGGACAGACGGACCACUCCCCUGACGGACGCCCAGCAGCAGGGGGGCGUGGCCACCGGCCGCCGGGAGGAGUGGGAGGAGCCGGCGGAGGCGGGGCCGAGGGGGGGGGGCGGCGAGGGAGGUGGAGAGGCUGCGGCGGGAGAGGGAGCGCGUCAUGGCCUGGGUGCGGGCGGAGGCCGGCCCCCCCCAGCUGACGGUGGAGCUGGCGGAGGCCAGGCUGCACCACGGCCUCGGGGAGACCGACGCCCUGCUGAGGCUGCUGUCGCCUGCGGCCUGGGAGGAGGCGGAGCCAGUGGGGGCCACGCCCACCGGACAGCAGCACUACCACAGACACCGGCACAGCGUGGAAGGGCUGAGGCAGGAGAGAGAGGCCAGGCUCCAGGAGAGAGAGGCCAGAAUCCAGAGCUACCGGAGGGCCCAAAGCCUGAGUCCCAGCAGGGAUGGCUCCCAGGGGGGCGGAGCCUGCCCCCAGGGGGGCGGAGCCUGCUCCCAGGGGGGCGGGCCUAUCACUCAUCAAGCACAGCCACUCUCUCAGGAGGUGUCAGACAGCACCAGAGCCCAGGUGCCUCUUCCAGGUGAGGGCCGCUACUCCUCGGAGAUCCAGCACCUCCUCCGGGACUACGGCCGGGCCCGGGAGGAGGCGCGCGGCAAGCUCUCGCGGGCCCGGCUGCGGCUUCGCCAGCGCACGGAGCUGGAGAGGAGGCGGCCCCGGCUCCAGGGCGAGGCCGC